UUUAUAGCACGAAUCUAAUAUAAUUUAAUGUUAGAACGAUUUAUUAACAGAAUAGCGACGAUAAACUGAGUGUAAAACCACAGUCGUAACAUUUAAAUGUCAUGGUUAAAGUGCCGUGCACAUUCAGAAGAAGAAGAAGUGCUUUUGAACUUUGUUGAUUAAUAUUAAAAUGAGUACGUCCUCACAAGGACCUGAGGAUAACAGAAGUGAAACAACAUCUGAUACUGCACAAUUAGUCAGCAACAAAGAUUUAGCUUCAACUUCCAAUUACACUCAAUUGAACAGAUCUGUUAAUUAUCAAGACCCUCUAGAAGAUGAAUUUGAAGGCAGCCAUGGUAUCAGGCGGAGAAACACAGUGCAGAAGAUUGAGCCUGGGUCAACAAAUAUACUCUCUGCCAAAUUUGAAAGCUUGGACUACGACACAUGCGAGAACCACCCCCUUCUCGAUGAGGAGCGGAAAAGGGGCUACGCGUUCGUCAUAUGGAAGGACAUCACCCGCUGGUUUAUCUUCCUGCUCAUCGGGAUCAUCACGGCGUUGAUAGCGUUUGUCAUCGAUGUUUGUAUAGAAGAAUUCUCCGAGAUUAAAUAUAGGGAGCUUAAGAAAUCUGUGGAUGCCCACUUGCCACACAGAAUGUACGUCCCGUACCUGUUAUGGGUGUUAUCGAACAUUUGCAUAGUUUUCAUAGGUUCUGUGCUCGUCGCAUACGUUGAGCCAGUAGCAGCCGGUAGCGGGAUACCACAAGUAAAGUGUUACUUGAACGGAGUUAAAGUGCCGAGAGUUGUUCGCAUCAAAACGCUGUUCGUGAAAACCAUCGGCGUGAUUACUGCUGUGGUCGGAGGUCUCGCUGGAGGCAAGGAAGGUCCGAUGAUUCACAGUGGGGCAGUGGUAGCGGCUGGCAUUUCACAAGGAAAGAGCACAACCUUCAACAAGGAUUUCAAGAUUUUCCACUAUUUUCGAGAAGAUCAUGAAAAGCGCGAUUUCGUGUCGGGUGGCGCCGCGGCUGGCGUGUCAGCAGCCUUUGGAGCCCCCAUCGGUGGAGUGCUGUUUUCUCUAGAAGAAGGCACAAGUUUCUGGAACCAGGCGCUGACAUGGCGGACGUUUUUCGGCACCGUGGUCUCCACUUUCACGUUGAAUUGCGCGCUUUCUGCGUAUCACGGGCGCGCGGGAGAACUUAGUUAUCCAGGUCUCCUGAAUUUGGGCAAAAUAGAGCCGUUCCCGUUCCAAUUCUACGAGUUGCCGGUGUUCAUGUUCUUCGGCGCCGUGGGGGGAUGCCUCGGCGCCCUGUGGAAUCACAUCAACUACAAACUCUCCGUCUUCCGAAUUAGGUACAUAACCGCGCCGUGGCUACGAGUAGUGGAGGCGUGCCUAGUGGCGGCUGCAAGCGCGACUGUCGGCUUCCUCAUGAUGUACGCCCUCAACGACUGCCGCCCUCUAGGGGAGGACCCUACUAAAGUGCCCUUGCAGCUGUACUGCGCGGACGGCGAAUAUAACGCGCUCGCCGCAGUCUGGUUUCAAACGCCCGAAGCCUCCGUGCGCUCGUUCCUGCACAACCCCAUCGGUUCAUACAACCCAUGGUCCAUACUCGUGUUCGUGUUGUGCUACUUCCUACUGUCCGCGUGGACGUUCGGGCUGGCGGUGUCGAGUGGUCUGUUCAUUCCGAACUUGCUCUGUGGUGCGGCUUGGGGCCGUCUGCUGGCCAUCUUGAUACAGCUGAUGGCGCCAGAGAAUACGAUAAACCCGACGAAGUAUGCCCUAGUCGGCGCGGCGGCUCAGCUCGGCGGGGUGGUCCGUAUGACCAUAUCACUGACGGUUAUUAUCAUCGAGACCACAGGGCAGAUAUCCAACGCACUGCCGAUUAUUAUCACACUGGUCGUCGCUAAGUGGGUGGGAGAUUUCUUCAACGAGGGAAUAUAUGACAUCCACAUUCAGCUAGCGGGCGUCCCAUUACUCCCAUGGGAGCCGCCGCCGCUGGCCCACAACAUAUACGCCUCCGAAGUGAUGGCGCACCCCGUCUUCACGCUCCGCACCAUCGAGAACGUCGGUCAUGUGGUGGAGCUGCUCAAACUGGUGUCUUAUAACGGGUUCCCGGUCGUCGACCCGCCUUUAGCUGACGAUCAAGAAGUGCACACAUACAAACGUCUCCGAGGCCUCAUACUGCGCUCGCAGCUGAUAGUGCUCCUUCAGAACAAGAUAUACAACGAGAACGAGCACGAAAACGCCAACACAACCUGGUCCAGCUUCAAUGUAGACAUGAACAUGUUUCGUAAGGAGUACCCGCGGUAUCCCUCCAUCAACGAUCUGGAGAUAUCCGACUGGGAAAAAACCUGCACGAUAGACCUACGGCCCUUCAUGAAUCCGUCCCCGUACACGCUGCCUACUCGCGCGUCGCUGCCGCGGCUCUUCCGGCUGUUCCGAGCCCUAGGCCUGCGCCACCUCCCUAUAGUCAAUGACGUCAACGAGGUAGUGGGGAUGGUGACUCGCAAAGACAUUGCCAGGUACCGCGUCUGGAGGCAUCAUUUCAGCAUGGGAAUGGAGGAGUUAGUACUCUCUAGUGAAAUUUAAUAAUGUAGUCAAAAAUUGUGUUGAAGUUAAGAGACAAAUAAUUUAGUCUAACCUUCAAGUCACAUGAGUUAUCAGUUAUCACUUUCUUGUCUUUCAGUAGUGAGGCACAGGAACUCAAUUCCAAUCAGCUUAACUUUUUUUAAAUAACAUUAUCAUACCUCUUUUAAAGAUAAUCCGUGUCAGGUAUCCAAGUUUGAUAUUACUAGAAUUAGUCAUUUUAAUUACUCCCAUGAUAACUUAAAUGGUAUAUAAGCAUUAUUUGUGCCAUUAACAACUUGAUCAAUUAAAUGUAACAUUGUUAUGCCCGCUGCCCAGUGAUUAUUGAUUAUCUUAACAAUUACCAAAAAGACAGGGUCACUAAAAUAUAUAUCUACCUAAUCAGUACAUUCAGUACUUAUAAGAAAAUUAGAGGCUCAAUUUUGAAGUGAUUGCUAAGUUGUAAACUGUAUGCACACUCGAAACUCCUUGUAGGUCUUUUUUGCACAAGAGGUUACAUUUGAUUUUAAAACAUUUGUUUGUUUAUGAAUACUAACUGACAUCUUCUAGGAGCAACAUACACAUAAAAGUAUGGAUGGUAUAGAAAGGAUGCCAAUCUCUUAUGGCAGAAUUGUUGCAAAAGUGACCGCUUUCAGCUUUAAAUAAUAGUUCUUAAUCUCUCCGGUGGCGCUGGUUAGGCUCUGGGACAUGACUAUAACAUGAACCAUAUAAAGCAACAAAUAACCCGACCAAAUUACGUAGGUUGUUUUUGGUAGUAUUUCGGUGUAUGGUGGUGCCGCCUAAUUACUGUUUUUUGAUAAACACUUUUCAUACAUAGAGAUUUGGCUCCUUUAUAUAGUCUCCAUGCAUAAAAGUAUUCAAGAAAUUUAACCUUUUAUAAACUUAGUCUCAUAUCUGUUGCAAGCCAAUCCACAAUAGCAUCAGCAGCUUGGAUGCCAGAAUGUGGAUCUGCACAGUAAGUAUUGAAUUCGAAUUAAUUAAUAAUAAGAGUUCAAUACCUACUGACAUGGAUUCCCGUUCCGGCAUUCGAGACAAAGAAAUACAUGUACUGCACCGAUACCUCGCCGCUAAGUGGGGAAGCAGCCUUAGUAUCAUCAUAAUAAAUUUAUAGCCCGUUAAAGUCUCCCACUGCUAGUUUAAAUACUUACAGUUGCAUUGAAAUAUUUCCAUGAGUAUUUAUAUAUAAAAUAUUUAUUGUUUGUAUUAAGAAUGUUGUAUAAUAAAUAUUAUUGUUUAUAUCUGCAUUACAUAAUAUAUGUAUGUCAAUGUGAUAAUAAUGUAUAAGAAAAUUUUAUAGUCUUAUGAAUAAAAAUGUUUAUAUUGUUUUAUAA